GGAGGCGGCCAUCUUCCUGGAGCACUCAUACUGCAGACACUGUCCAGAUGAUAGGCUUUUCUGUUAGGUAGUGGAGGAUCACAGACAUUUUCUUGUAGACCAAAUCUCCAAGCUAAGCUCUCCUGUGUCUGCAAAUUACUUCUGAUUUACAGCUGGAGACUGUCACUAACUGCAUGGGAGAAUCUCAAUGCUGAGGAUGGAGAAGGACUGGAGUCACAUGACCGAGAGGCUCCUAAACCUCACCCUGGAAAUAAUCUACCUGCUGACCGGAGAGGAUUAUGGACCAAUAAAAAAUUCCAGUGAUCCUCCAACUUCCUCCCCGACACCCGAGUCCAACAAUGACAAGAACAUUCUAGAAGUCACCCAGAAGAUCAUUGAUCUGCUGACGGGAGAGGUUCCUAUAAGGUGUCAGGAUGUCACUGUUCUGGAACUAUCAAGAACGUUCAAGAAGAUAGGGGGAGAUGGAUCCAGUAACAGAAAUCCCCCAGAGAGAUGUCCCCGUCCUCUGUAUUCCCGGGACUCCACACAGGACCAUCAGAAGAUUCCAAACGACCAUCAGGAUGAACAUUCGAUUCAUGUUAAAGUUGAGAUCACAGAAAUGGAAGAGAAGUGUUCACAGACUGAUGUGCAGUGUAAGAAGGAGGAUUUUCCUACAGAUGGAUCCAGUAACAGAAAUCCCCCAGAGAGAUGUCCCCAUCCUCUGUAUUCCCGGGACUCCACACAGGAACAUCAGGAGAUCCCUCAGAAGGGUCAGGAUGAAGACCUUAUUAUUUGUAAAGUGGAAGCUUUGGACGGUGAAGAGACGGAUGUGAGGGGUGAUGAGCUGUGGAAGGAGGAGGAAAUCCCUCCAGAGAUCUACACAAAGCAGCACCUGGAUACCUUUUGGGAUGGUGAAAUAGAAGAUGAUGACGUGGCAGCAGAUUCUACAGAAGAAAGCAUCCUAACCCCUACCCCUUACCCUGUGAUUAGCAGUGCAGAUCUGUCACCUGAUCCCUCUGCAUGUGGGGGAAGUUUUCCGAACGCUUGCCCCAUCUUCCAAGAUACGACAGGUGGAGUCGCACGGAGCUUCCUGUGCUCUGAGUGUGGUGAACUCUUUACCAAGAGAGCAGAAUUCAUCUCACACCAGAGAUCUCACGGAGUGGACAAGCAGUACGCGUGUUCCGAAUGUGGCGAGUGUUUUACGAGAAGAACAUGUCUUCUUGACCACCAGAGGACUCACUCUGGCCAAAAGCUCUUUCAGUGCGCUGAAUGCGGCAAACGUUUCACCCAAAAAUCGUACCUUCUUAAGCACCAAACGAGCCACACCGGGGAGAAGCCGUUUUCCUGCUCUGAGUGCGGCAAAGGUUUUAUAUGGAAGUCCCACCUCGAUAGACAUCAAAAAAUUCACACCGGGGAAAAGCCCUUUUCCUGUUUGGUGUGCGGGAAGGGCUUCAUCCAGACUUCAACCCUGGCCAACCAUCUUCGAACUCAUACCGGGGAGAAGCCAUACUCAUGCGAAAUCUGUGGGAAGUUUUUCACUGACAAGUCCAAUUUUUUGAGGCACGAGAUUAUCCACACCGGAGCCUACCCAUAUUCUUGCAAUGAAUGUGGCAGAAGGUUCAUAAAGAAGUCUCAGCUUAAGAAACACGGGAAAACUCACACGGGGUUGGAAGCCAAGAAGAUGCAGUAGACGUUGGCUCGUGAAGGAGUUAUGUUGUUUUCUAUGCAGAUGUUUGUUUUCCCCCAGGAGUUCAAUCACCGCUGGCUGGCUUCUGUGAACAGAUAAUGUGGUGCACAAAACUUUGCUGUUACAAGCUCAGGUUGCACCGGGCCCAGGGAACCUAGGGCCAGAUCCACAACCAGCGGCCGUAACUUAACUUUUCCCAUUUA